UUUGUCAUUAUGAUUGUGAAAAUUUUUGGCGAUUCCAGUUUCAAUUGAAGCCUCACACAGUGCGAUGCUGCCCAAUUCGAGAAUCCUCUUGCGUGCCCAUAAAUUCUCCCAAUUUAGGGGGAUACAGAAAGUCCAUUCCUCUGCAACGGAAAAUCAACAUGCGGUUGCCUUUGAAGUGGAUACUGCGCGGCAAUUUAGUGAAAUUCCCGGACCGAGUCCAUUUAAAUUAAUUACAGGCUUCCUACCUGGUGGGAGUUACUACAAGAAGGACUUUGUGAGUUUUCUUAGUGGCUUCAAGGAUGAAUAUGGGAAUAUUUCAAAAAUUCCCGGAGUUUUGGGGAAACGGGAUAUUGUCUUAGUGUACGAUCCUGAGGAUUUUAAGACAGUCUUCCAGACUCAGGGUGCCUUUCCAAUAAGGAGGGGAUUCGAUACAAUGCUUCAAUAUCGACAGGAGACUCGUAAGGAUUUCUAUCAAGGAGUUUUGGGUAUAGCUGUUGACCAAGGACAAAGCUGGUGGGAUUUCCGGCAUAAGGUGAAUGCAGCAAUGAUGAAGCCACAAAUUACGAGAAAAUACGUCUCAGCCAUUGAUGAGGUGGUGCAGGAUUUUGUGAAAAGGCAGCACAGUCUCAGGGAUGCCAACAAUGAGGCACCAGAUGAUUUUUAUCAUGAACUCAACAUGUGGGCCCUGGAGUCCAUUGCCUACAUCACAAUGGACACAAGGCUGGGAAUUUUUGAUAAUACCUCCGAUGAGAAUAUGCAUUCAGUCAUGAAGGAUCUGAAGGUAUUCUUCGAACUGAGUUUUAGGCUCAACUUCUUGCCUUCUCUUUGGAAAUAUUUCCCAACAUCUGACUAUCGACGUCUUACAAAAAGCACUGAUAAUCUUCUAAAUACCAUUCAAGGUUACGUUAAUAUUGGAAUCAAGAAGGUCAAAGAAAAUUCCGAUGAUAUAGAAAAUGAAGGAGUCCUGAAGAAACUCCUGGAAAUCGAUCCAAAAGUGGCAACAAUUAUGGUGAUGGAUUCGUUAUUUGCUGGAGUUGAUACGACUUCCUCAGGAGUCUUCUCCGUCAUGUACCUCUUGGCUAAGAAUCCGGAAAAGCAGGAAAAACUGAGGAAGGAAUUGCUGAAGAUCCUUCCUGAGAAAAAUUCUCCGUUUACAGUUGAAAAUACCAGCAAUUUGCCCUAUUUGAGGGCUUGCAUUAAGGAGGCCUUCCGCUUAAUGCCAGUUACCUUUGGGAACUUCCGUACAACUGGCCAGGAUGUCGUCCUGAGUGGCUAUCACAUUCCAAAAGGCACUGACAUCAUGAUGGGCAAUCAGAUUGUCCACCAGCAGGAAAAGUAUUUCCAAAGAGCAUCGGAAUUUCAGCCUGAGCGAUGGAUUCGUCCGGAAAAUAGCAAGAUUACAUGUCCUGUGAAUGCUUCGUCGCAUCCUUUUGCAUAUCUUCCCUUUGGCUUUGGGACCAGGAUGUGCAUUGGAAGACGCUUUGCUGAAAUGGAAAUUGAGUCCAUUGUGUCGCGUUUUGUUCGACACUACAACAUUGAGUGGAAGCAUCCGGAUCCCAAAGUUGCCUGCCUGGCCAUUAACAUGCCGGUGACUCCGCUCAAGUUCCGCUUCACUGAAAUUGGAGCUUAAGGACUUUUGAGAGAUUUCUUUUCUUUUAAUUUCAAUGAUUUUUCUAUUCUAUUCAUGUAAAAUUAUUAAUUAAAUAAUUUUUUAUUAAAAUUGAUAAA